AUGGACUGGCGGGACCAUCAGAGAGCCGCGCGGGUAGAGCGCCGGCGUGCUGACAGCGACGGCGAGUGGGCGGACUAUUCCCAGCUGGAUCAAACGAAUUCAACUGCUGCGGAAGGGCCAAGGAUAAGCCCAGAAGACGUCGUCAUAGCUCUCAUGGGCGUCACGGGGUCUGGGAAAUCGACCUUCAUCAGCCAUUUCUGUCCGGAGGCAGCCGUCGGCCAUGGGUUGGAGUCUUGUAAUGGCCCAUCCUCGUUCCCAUAUGAUGGCGCAGCGCUGACCUCGUCUCUCCUAGAUUAUGGCUCGGCGGCCUGGUUCAUCGAUACGCCUAGCUUCGACGACACCAACAAGACGGAUACCGAUAUCCGCCUGUCGGGCAUUGUGUACCUCCACCGCAUAUCAGAUACAAGGAUCGGGGGUUCAGGGAUGCGAAAUCUACGCAUGUUCAAGAAACUUGUCGGAGACGAUAGCUUGGGCAACAUCGUUCUAGCCAGCACAAUUUGGAGCAUGCUGCCCGACAUAGCCAUAGGAGACGCGCGAGAGGACCGUGGCCGAGAGUCUGCCCUGGAGAUUGUUCAGCACAUCGUCAGCAGUAACAAACGGGCCACUCUCGACAUCCAGCGGGACAUGGUGGAAGGCGGGAUGUCGCUCAAUGACACGGCUGCUGGCAAAGAGGUCCAGGCAACGCUGGCCGAGAAGCAAGCCCAAUUCAAGAAGCAGCUUGCCCAGAUCCAGCAGGAGACGGCCGAGGCCAUCGAAGCCCGGGACAAGGGGCACCAAGACGAGCUUGCCAAGUACCAGCGCGAAAUCAACAACCAAAUCCGCCGCGGCGAAGAGGCCGUCAAGCGGCUUAACGUCACCAAGGACGAGAUCCAGCGCGCGGCCAAGGAGAAGUGGGAGACCGAGAAGGAUCGCAUCAUGCAAGAGCACCGCAGGCAGCAAGCCGCCCGGAAGGCCCUUAAAGACGAACGGCGAGAGAACAAGCGUCGCGAGAAGUCGCGUGAGCGCCGCGAAGAGGCAAACCGCCAGUAUUUCGAACGCCGCGAGCGCGAAGCCGCGGAACAGCGCCAGGCCGAGGAAGCCCGUCGUGCCGAGGAGGCCCGUCGUGCCGAGGCCCGUCGUGCCGAAGAGGUCCAUGAUCAGCAGCAGCGCGAGGCGGAACACCGCGCACAAGAGGAGUCUGAGGACUCGUCGGGGGAGGAUCAGCGAGAGCGCCACCGCUACCGACGCAGGCUGUGGGAGGCUAAUCGUGCUAUGUGUAUGCAUAUGCAAUAUGCAAAUGCGCAGGCGACGGCGCAAGCGGCCUACUAUUCAGGGCCCCCACAGAUAUACCCUUACUCCUGGUACAUCCAGUACUAG